GGGCUGUGGAAGCGGAGGGUGGGGACACUCUGGCCCGGCUCUCGGUGGUGCGGGAGCAGCGGCCGCUCUGGUCGGCGGACGUGCUGCCGAGUAGUCCCGGAAGCGGAGCAGCGAUGGCGGAGAGUCCGACUGAGGAGGCUGCGACGGCGACGGCCGGCGCCGGGGCGGCGGGCCCUGGGGCGAGCGGCGUUGCUGGUGUUGUUGGCGUUAGCGGUAGCGGCGGCGGGUUCGGGCCGCCUUUCCUGCCGGAUGUGUGGGCGGCGGCGGCGGCAGCGGGCGGGGCCGGGGGGCCGGGGAGCGGCCUGGCUCCGCUGCCCGGGCUCCCGCCCUCGGCCGCUGCCCACGGGGCCGCGCUGCUUAGCCACUGGGACCCCACGCUCAGCUCCGACUGGGACGGCGAGCGCACCGCGCCGCAGUGUCUGCUCCGGAUCAAGCGGGAUAUCAUGUCCAUUUAUAAGGAGCCUCCUCCAGGAAUGUUCGUUGUACCUGAUACUGUUGACAUGACUAAGAUUCAUGCAUUGAUCACAGGCCCAUUUGACACUCCUUAUGAAGGGGGUUUCUUCCUGUUCGUGUUUCGGUGUCCGCCCGACUAUCCCAUCCACCCACCUCGGGUCAAACUGAUGACAACGGGCAAUAACACAGUGAGGUUUAACCCCAACUUCUACCGCAAUGGGAAAGUCUGCUUGAGUAUUCUAGGUACGUGGACUGGCCCCGCCUGGAGCCCAGCCCAGAGCAUCUCCUCAGUGCUCAUCUCCAUCCAGUCCCUGAUGACUGAGAACCCCUAUCACAAUGAGCCUGGCUUUGAACAGGAGAGACAUCCAGGAGACAGCAAAAACUACAAUGAAUGUAUCCGGCACGAGACCAUCAGAGUCGCAGUCUGUGACAUGAUGGAAGGAAAGUGUCCCUGUCCUGAACCCCUACGAGGGGUGAUGGAGAAGUCCUUCCUGGAGUAUUAUGACUUCUAUGAGGUGGCCUGUAAAGAUCGCCUGCACCUUCAAGGCCAGACUAUGCAGGACCCCUUUGGAGAGAAGCGGGGCCACUUUGACUACCAGUCCCUCUUGAUGCGCCUGGGACUGAUUCGUCAGAAAGUGCUGGAGAGGCUCCAUAAUGAGAAUGCCGAAAUGGACUCUGAUAGCAGCUCAUCUGGGACAGAGACAGACCUGCAUGGGAGCCUGAGGGUUUAGACCCUGCUCCCUUCACCCCUUCCCCUGACUUGAGAGUCCCAGCAGAGUCCCUUGCCCUCACCCCAAGGAUGGAGAGGCACUGUGUAUCUCCCUCCAAACUUGACGUCAUCCUGCAAGAUGGCAAGAACCAAGCAAGCUCGGAUCCUGGGGUGUGGGAAUGGGGACUGUUCCCGAUCUGACCUCCUUGGCAGUGGAAUAUUUGGGGCUUUGUUCAUCCCAUAUCGGGGGCCAAGGUACCUUUACAGGAGCACCUAGGGCGAGGGCCUCUGGCAAAAACAAAACAACCAACACACCUCUCCAGCAGGGCCAGCUCCUUAGGGAUAGGUGGAAGACAGAAAUUGCAAUUCCAAGAGGGAGUGUGCUCAAAUGGUUUAUGGGGAUAUCUGGAAGGGAGCUUGGGGUGGGGGGCUGUCUGUGACACUUAAGCAGUCUGGGUGGUUGUCUGUCUGUCUUCAAUCGUGAAGCAGGGCUUCCCAAUGCCCUUUUCCUCCCUGAGACCCCUCCCCCAUUAUUUCUCCCAGGCCAGCAUAAUUUUGUUUUUCCUAAUUUAUAGUCACUGUUCUAGACAGACCAAAGAGAAGGAACAGUGGUGGAGUCUAGGCUGCUGAUCAGUAAGCUUUACCUAGCACCUGAGCACCUUUCUCCCCUGCCCCCCAUUCCUUCCCCCUUUUUCUAGAUUUAAGACAGAAGGUCAAUGUGACAGACUGAACCAAGGUCUUGGUAAAGCCUGCACAGGCACCAUAAGAAGCUGAAAAUACUGUUUGUUCCCACAAUCACUGAUUUGAAAAGUUCCCAGCACAGGCAGCUGCUGUGUGUAUGGGAUUAGAGCCACUACAUAGAAUAGUCUCUUACAGAUUUUCAUAAAUACUAGUCACAAUGAGGGUAUUUCUCUUGGGGGUGGGGUACGGGGGGAGUCUGAUGCUAGUCCUUAUUUUGUUUGGCUGUCCUUGUUCAUUCUGACCCCAGCCUGUAGUUGCCCUCCUCACUUCAACCCCAGGGAUUUGUGGGGAGCAAGGGUAGCCAGUGGCAGAAGGGGACUGGGGCUGGGACUCUAGAGACUGCUGCCCUUCUCUUCUUCCAUCUCCCACAGCUGCUCUUUGUCACUGGCUCUGAUGGGUGUUCGCCUGGCUGUGUUGCUUCUCUAUUUGUAUUUAGCUGCAGUGAUCCUUUAGCUGGUUGGCUCAGAAAAAUGUGCUACAGGGGCCCUGUAAUAUCCAUCCCCUUUGAUGUGUUCUCCCCAUACUUCCAGAUUCUUGUUAUGGCUCCCAGUGGGGUUUUGGUGAUUCAUGUGACGCGGGGCCUCAGUCUGUAUCCAGCCACGCAUAAAGGAGAGGAGAACGUGUACCUGCCCUGCCCGCUGCUACACAGGUCUCUGCCUUGUGAAUCAUGGGACUCCUCGGGAACUGUGGGGCAAGGGUGGCUGGGCACAAAGGAGACUGUCCUACUUGGGAGGGCAGGAAGCAAAGAAACUGGACAGGGAGUGAGGGGGCUUGGGGAACAGAAGUUUAUCUUGGAUACCUGAAGGCUGAGUCUCUCCAUGUGGGGACUCAAAAAGGGACCCUGCUUCCAAUUUCCCUCUUCCAUUCCUGGAGCUAGUCCAGGGCUUAGAAGAAUGCCCUUGGUCUGUGGGUCCGGUGUUGUCUGUCAUCCAUUUAAGUGUUCUCACUUUCAAGUGACAAUCCUCUCCUUGGCCCUGCCAUGGGGCAGAGCAUGUCUGGCAUAGCAGCCUGACUUUUACGCCCUAAUCUUGAGUUGAGGAAAUAUAUGCACAGGAGUCAAAGAGAUGUCUUUAUAUAUGACUGUACAUAAAUGAAGUUUUUUUUUUUUUUUCUUUUUGGUGCAAUAAAGUUUGUUUUGGCAGAAGGAG